GCUUAUACCAUGUUGAAAUGUCAAGCUCAGCGACAUGCAGUUCGUCCACCGCCGACGCUCUUCUCUCAUCAAGUUCUUUUACCUUGCCUGACCCUCUCAGUGUAGUCCUGGUCACUGGUGACCGCACCAUUCACUACUCAAUCUUCUUACGAACGUUAGAUCGUCUACUUCGUCACAGCCUGCAUUCAACUUGUUGGCAGUGAGACACUUAUUAUGCGGACCAGUAGCACGCUCGCCUCGGAUCGACGAAGAUACCCCGAGCAUCUGCAUGCGACCCCGCUUCCAAUCAUGGACCGCUCACCCUCCCAACUAUCUGCUGUUUCCAGCGCGGAAUCACACUCAUCUACGACUGAACUGGUAUCCAAACACAAAGACAAACAGUGGAAGCGGAUGUCCUUGGGCGAAAAGUUCUUAUCAUGGGCUUCUCGAGCGGAGAACGCGCCUGAUCCGGAAGCAAACGAACUGGAUCUGCCGACUGAAGAAACUAAUGGCUGCGACGUCAAGAAGAAACGCUUGAAAAUGUGGCAUGGUUGGAGAAUCAUAGUUCUCGGUUCAUGGAUGAACGUAUUACUGUUGCUCAUUCCUGUCACAUGGCUCCUCAAGUUAGCAACGGCUAAUUCUGAUACCUUGGUCUUUACGGCCUCAAUGCUUGGCAUGAUACCCCUCGUGAGGUUGCACGAUCUAGCGAUUAGCGUGUUGUCCAGGCGUAUCGGGGGGUCCAAAGCUGGGCUCCUGAAUGCGAGUUGGAGUAAUAUCGUGGAAGUUGUCGUAGCCGUUACUGCCCUUCGUAAAUGCGAACUGCGUGUAGUGCAGUCAUCCCUUAUCGGCUCCAUGUUAAGCAAGUCCUUGUUGAUUCUGGGCAUGUGUUUCUUCGCCGGAGGCCUGCGGUUCUCUCAUCAAGAUUACGACACGACUGCUACCCAGAUUCAUUCAUCACUACUUAGUAUCAGCGUUGGUGCUGUCUGUCUCCCGGCGGCAUUCCAUUUUGCACUUUCCAACAGCGCUGAGGAUGCCGCAGAAGCGGGGACGACACUAGCGACACAGAAAGAAUAUCUGCUGAAGAUGAGCCACAGCGUGUCUAUACUUCUCCUCUUCAUAUACGUAUCCUACCUGCUGUUCCAGCUCUGGUCCCAUACGCACCUAUAUAAGGAUAGCAACAAGCCGAGCGACAAGCUACCAGUAGCUGUUUCUAUGCGUUCAUUCACGGAUCGCGUCAGACAAAUCAGCAACACGGCCAAAGGACGACAUGCGUAUUCCCGUGCGAAUUCCUCAACUUCAUUGCAGUCCUGCGGAUCCGCCCCAGAGAAAGUUCGCUUGCGGAAGGACAAGGCGAGUCCCGUCGAGGAGGCUCCGGAGACCUCUUUCGAAUGGUCAAAUGAGGCGCGCGAGCCGUCGGUGUCUCCUCCCAAAACAAGUCUCGGGUAUGAUACACAGCGCGAACGGACGGCUUUCCUGGUAUCACCCAGCACAACUUCGCAAGUCACCUUCAAGGCAAACGAGUACCGAACUACUGCUCGCGGUGACCCUAGUAUAAGGCUAGUGCAAGAACUGGAGCGUGAGCGCGGUCGCUCAUCCAGCGAGCAGUCGCACCGGCACCCGCGGAGAUUCUCAAGUUCUUCCGACGAGAGAAGAAGGUUCAGCGAGAGCGGACGAACGACGCCUGUCAGUGAGGUUGUUUCGGGAUACCUUAACAAACGAGGCGAGGUUGUACGCUUGGCUAAGGAUGACGAUGUGACGACGAAAGCUCGGUGGGUCAAUGUCGACGUUGUGGAGGUCCGUGGCAAGGACGAACCAGUCGAUGUCGAGAACCGCGAAGACUCCAGAAAAGCAUCAGAGGAGGAGCCCGAGCUGAGCUGGACGAUGAUCUUGAUGCUGCUGACCGUUGUUUCCGUCCUUGUUACCAUCAAUGCCGAAUGGCUGGUCGAUUCGAUGGACAGCCUGUCUCCGACUCUUAGCAAAGAAUGGAUCGGAUUGAUUUUGUUGCCCAUCGUGAACUCGAUACCUGAAUGCGUUACAGCUGUCACUGUCUCCGUCAGGGACCAAUUGACAUUGAGUGUCAGCGUUGCGGUCGGCUCAACUAUCCAAACCUCUCUUUUCGUCAUUCCGUUCAUGGUCAUCCUGGGCUGGAUCCUUGACAAGCCGCUCGCUCUGCUCUUUGAUCCCUUCGAGACUGUGGUGUUGUAUAUAUCGAUGCAGAUCCUGAGUUACGUCGUCGCGGAUGGCAAGUCGAAUUGGCUUGAAGGAGUGAUCCUUAUUUGCCUCUAUCUAGUCAUAGCUGUCACGUUUUGGUUCUAUCCAGGUUCUACAUUCUCGAGCAAUCUUGCCGUGUGCGUCGACACGGUGAAGCCUGCAUAGUUUCAUGGUUCAUUUGUAUUAAGCUUACCCUUGGUUGGCUGCUCAUCACGGUCCUCAGCAUACUAUACCCACGCGUACAGUCUCCAUAGAGUAUCUCAUUAUCAUGAUCAAGAACAACCUAUCCCUUCACAUUCUCCGUUUGAUUUGUAGUUAUACCUAUCUGUAGCCAUUAGAUCGUCUAUUGACUUAUACACAUUCAAGUUUGUCGUUCGUCGU